AGAAGAAGAACAGCAGUACCGCCGAUAAACCAAACAGAAGAGCGUCAGCUGUAUUUGACCACGUGACAUUUGAAGAUGGCUGCCUGCGUGGAGAAAAGAAUAAAUUCAGAUGAACAGGAGUGGAUACUGGAGCCUCUGUGUUUCCCUGAGCAGCCUGCUACAGACAUCGGCACCAACUCAUCCUCUCAUCAUGACAUGGAGGUGGUGACCUGUGUGCUCUGCUCUCACUCCGCCCCUUUGUCAGAGAAGGACCGCCUCCUAAAGCACCUAGUACUGGUGCACAAGCUGGUCAUCGCUGAUGUCAAACUCAUCGCUGACUUUCCUAAAUACAUGGAAUACUGGAAGAACAGAAUCUCUGAGCAACCCAUCACAGAUUUUUGCAGUGUGAUCAAGACUAACUCGCAGGGCCCUGUUGAAAAACAGGAGCACUACUUCCUUCUGUGCGAUGUCCUGCCAGAGGACAGGGUCCUCAGAGAACAUCUCCAACAGAAACGACUGGAGGAGAUCCUGGAGCAGCAGCAGAGGGAGAGGGAUGACGACAGCUUCCAGCGCAUCUGCAUGUUCUGCAAUGACGAGUUCAAUGGGAACAGGUCGUCACUGCUCAACCACAUGGCCAGGGAGCACUCGUUCAGCGUGGGACUGCCUGACAACAUAGUGUACUGCGUAGAGUUCCUUGACCACCUACAGAGCAAACUGGAUAAUCUGCAGUGCCUGUAUUGUGAGAAAACAUUCAGAGACAAGACGACACUGAAGGAUCACAUGAGAAAGAAACAGCACCGCAGAAUCAAUGGCAACAACAGCGAGUAUGACUGCUUCUACAUAAUCAACUACCUGGAGCUGGGGAAAACAUGGGAAGAGGUCCAAUCUGAGGAUGAUCGGGAGAUGGAGGAUGAAGAUGAUGAUUGGUCAGACUGGCAGGCUCACCCAGUGUGUGCUGUGUGCCUGUUCUGUGAGCAGCAGUCAGAGAGCAUGGAGAAGAUCUACACACACAUGGAGGAAACCCACGGAUUUGAUCUGCACAAGUUGAAGACCGAACUCAAUCUGCGGUUCUACCAGCAGGUCAAACUGGUAAACUACAUCAGACGAGAGAUCCACCAGUGCCGUUGCUACGGUUGCCAGGAAAAGUUUGGGUCCAAACCUGAGGUUAUACGUCAUGUAAUGGAGGCAGGUCACGUGAUGCAGCUACCAGAGACGUCAACCUGGGACCAACCACAGUAUUACUUCCCCACCUAUGAGAACGACGCCCUCCUCUGUGCCUUGUCGGACAGUGACAGUGAAUCAGAACACACAGGCCCUUGGGGAGACGUCCCUGUCAUAGCUGAGGACAUCUCUAACCUGAAAGUCCUGAAGCAGACCAGCGUCCUCAGCCACCUCCUGAAGAACACAGACGGCUCUAGUUAACAAGCUGUAUGGAUGGACCAAUGAUGUUAUAAACUCAGUGGAGGAUGCUCAGGGGAGAACGGCUCAUAGAGGGACACAGUGCAACAACUUCUCGCUUCGCUGUAUCUCCCAACAAGACGGUGAUGCCCAUCAGACACUGUGCACUUAGCAGACCAGCACACAUGUGCAGAAAUGAAUAUGGCCUGUUUCACAAGAGUUUCCUGAGCCUGGACUACAUUUAUGUAUGAUUUAAUGUCAUACUUGGUACAAAUCACCAUAUACAACAUACCUGCAGGUGGAUUUGUUUCAUAUAGUAUGAUUGCUGACAAACAUGACCUCACUGCAGAGAUGUGACAAUUGCUAAAUGUAAAUAAACAUUAUGAAUAUACUGUAA